AUGAGAUCCUUGUUUGUUGUAGAAUGCUGGCAACAAGACCCUCACAUCCGCCCGUCUUUCGCCUUAAUUCUCGAGCAGCUGACCGCCAUCGAAGGGGCGGUCAUGACGGAGAUGCCCCAGGAAUCCUUUCAUUCCAUGCAGGACGACUGGAAGCUGGAGAUUCAGCAGAUGUUCGAUGAGCUGAGAACAAAGGAAAAGGAGCUGCGGUCCCGCGAGGAGGAGCUGAGCCGGGCGGCCCUGCAGCAGAAGUCGCAGGAGGAGCUGCUGAAGCGGCGGGAGCAGCCUGCGGAGCGCGAGAUCGACGUGCUGGAGCGCGAGCUCAACAUCCUCAUCUUCCAGCUCAACCAGGAGAAGNNNNAACUUCAAACCAGGAAAUCUCAGUUCUUUCUCUCCCGUCUGACAGAUUUCCAGCACAAAAUCACCGUGCAGGCCUCUCCCAACCUGGACAAACGGAGGAGUCUGAACAGCAGCGGGUCCAGCCCGCCCAGCAGCCCCACCGUGAUCCCGCGGCUCCGGGCCAUACAGCUGACUUCAGAUGAAAGCAACAGAACGUGGGGAAGGAGCACGGUCUGCCGACAGGAAGAGUUUGAAGAUGUAAGAAGGAAUUUCAAGAGGAGAGGUUGUACCUGGGGACCCAGUUCUAUCCAAAUGAAAGAACGAACUGAUUGCAAAGAAAGAAUAAGACCUCUCUCGGAUGGCAACAGUCCUUGGUCAACUCUCUUCAUAAAACAUCACAAAACCAUGCCGUUGGCAUCAUUGUUUGUGGACCAACCAGGUGCCUGCGAAGAACCCAAACCCUCUGCGGACGGAUCAGAGCCCAGAAAACCACAGCAGAUCAAACCCUCAGCGCCAGCCCCGGCGGACCCGCCUCUGGGGAAAGAUGGGCAGCGAGAGAGCCCGCCGGAGACUGAGAACUGGGAGGACGCUGCCUCAGCCGCCGGCACCCCUCAGGGGACCCCGACCCACACUCUGAGCAGGCCGCCCCCCAGGAGAAGGACGGAGGGCGCCCUGUACAGCUGCACCGCGCUGUUGGCGGCCGUGGCCCUGGGCCUGGACAUCCGAGAGCUGCCCCGGGUGCCGGCCGCGGAGGAGCCGGGGCCCAGGGAAGAAAGGAAGAAACGCGAGGGCAUCCUGCAGCGGGGCACCCUGGCCCCGCGGGCCGCCGAUCGCCCCCGGGCAUCGGCCACGCUGCCCCCGCCCGGCGCCCUGGGUCUUCUCUCCAGGCCCUCCCUCUCCACCAAGUGCCUGCUGCAGGCGGAGGGCGGGGAUUCCCUCGAGGGCGGCGCGCACAGCAUGCGCGCCCCCGACGUGCCCACUCCGGGUGUCUGUCCUGCCGCAGGAGGGUGCCAGCCAGGCUCCCCACCCAGACGCGAGGCCGAGAGCGGGGUGUGGAGGCACCUGGGUCCCCCCUCCUCGGAGCUGCCCCGUGGGAACGCGACUCCCUGUGCUUCGUCGAAGAAAAGGGCAGCGAGUCACAGGCGGACCGUGUCCGAUGGCAACGCCUCUCUGGCCCCAGCAGCUGCUGCCGCAGGAGCUCCAGGACUGCCCCCCGAGCAGGUGUGGGGACCCCCCCACCCCUCCUGGCCUCACAGGAACCUGCCCCUCCAGGCCCUGCCACUGGAGGCCCCGCCGGGAAAACACAGAGCCUUCACCCCUGUGCCUCCCCCCUCCGCCCUCCCAGCCCCCACGGAUGCCCCCCAGGCCUUCCCGGGGAGGACAGAGCCUCUGCCCGCGCAGACGGACCCUGGCCUGGGCGGCGGGGCACUGACCCCUGGCUGUCCCCUCGGAGCCCGGGACAGAACUAGGUCGCUCGGGCCCUCCUUGCUGGACGCCGACGUGCAGGGCCAGAGCCAGGACUGCACGCCGCCCCUGUGCCGGGCGAAGAGCGGGAACGGCCGGCCGGCCGGCUACCAGCUGGAGAAGGAGUUCCUGUCUUAGUGCCUUAUGUUAUGCAAGCAUUUCUCUCUUUUGUAAGGUGAACGAUUAAAACACUGCGUCUGUCUUUGA